AUGCGUUCCGACGGCUUAACGCUGCGCAGUCACGUGCCGAAGCGCAUUGUCUAUCCAAAAUUUAUUGCUCUUGCAGAGGCCUACGAGGAAGUGGAGCAGAGUUUUGAGGGGUUUGACGAAAUCCAGGCCUUGCUGGAUGUCUCCUUGUCUCUCGGCAAAAUACAAAAGACGUCAUUGCCGCCAACAAUCCUGGCAGAAGCCGUGGCUGCCUCGAAGGAUACGACGGCCGAUCGUGCUGCUCUCGCAGCUGCCAUUGCCGCACAGGAGGCGUCAGUGCUUCUGCAGUACGCUAAGGAUGCUAGCGAGCUGGCACAGUACGGUGCAUUGCGUGCGAUGAACGGGCUGUGCCCGGUGAGUCUUGUGGAAGAGGGCAUAUGCGUGCAGGGGCACACGAAUGAGGAGGAAAGCGCAUUUGCCGGCUUUAUUGUUUGUUCGCUGCCCGACAGCACACGAGGCGACUGGUACGCCUUUUCCUCUGGAUACGCGUUGCGGCGGUUUGUGGGGGCGCCGCUGUGGUUCAUUGAGGGCGUGCGGCAUCUGGUGCAGGAAGAUUUUGUGCUUGUCGGCCUGCUCAAUCUCUUCAACCACGUCCCGCGGGAGUUGUACAUCAAGGGCACCCGCAUCUACGAGUCACGCGAGGCUCUCAUCACAGCGAAGGUGCGUCAAGACGCCUGCACGCAGACGGGACAAAGAGACCCUUACAUGGAUCACAAUUAUCGCUGGAACGAGUGGGACCUGCGGCGCCAAGCACUGAAGCUCGUCAACCUCCUCAACAUGCGUACACACUCGACCCAGACGAUUGCCUCUCACUUCCGCCGUGAUAACACCACGCAAAUACGUCCACCUCGUGACGACGCGACGCAGACGAUGCAGGACGCCGCGGUGCAGCCACCACGCACGGUGCAGUACCUUAAGGGGCUGCGGGGUACCCAGACCUCCGCGAUAGAGACUGUCCAGCGGACCUUCUUGUACUAG